AGUCGACUCCUAACCUCAGCUACUCCUUUUCUUAUUUCUCCCGUUCUCUUCGGCACGUGUCUGCCACGCCUACGUCGCCAAGAAAACUCCGGUCUCCUCUACUUGGGUUCCCGAUCUUUCCACCAACCAAAUAACAUCAUCCCCGAAAAACCCUUAUAGUAGAAGCAGCAGCAGCCGCGAUGGGGAUAAUCAAGAGUGGCUUCUCGUUCAUAGUAGGAACUGUGUGUGGGGUUUACAUUGCUCAAAACUACGAUGUACCCAACAUCAAGAAGCUUGCCACCACUGGACUUUUCAUGGCUAAGCUCGUUGAAGAGAAAUAUCGCAAGCCCAAGUCUCGAAAUGAUGGCGAUGACUAGUAUUGCUAAAGCAGGUGCAGACUGACUCCUGUAAGUCACACCGUAUAUCAGUCUGAUUUUCAUUGUUAGUUUGAAUUCCUUCAUUAUAUGUAGUAAAUUCUUUGGCACCACCAUGCUAUUGUCUCCCGUAAGUUAUACAAGUAAUCACUGCUAGGCAGCUGGUAUCUCUAGUUGUGACAGGCACAAUACCAAAAUUGUCGUGUCUGGUUUAAGCUCCUUUUCCUAUUCCUUUUCUCCCCAAUGGAUCUGGUCCAUAACCAUAGGUUCCUGUAACCUUUUUCCGCUGGUUUUGAGCCUAGAAUUAUCACCAUCCCAUUUCAGCGUUUUAGUCAUUGAAGCUAAAGCCAAGAGUUUUCUGGUUUUAGAAAGUAGUAAUCUUGGUUUCUAUUCAUAGUUUCAUACCACCAAUAUCAGCUCUGCUGGAUUUAUAAAGUAGUACAAUAGAACACCUGGUUUGUAGUUUACGGGGCAAGUGUCCUGGUCAUGGUUCACAUGGGGCAAAAGGAGGCAGUGGAUGUCCAAGAACUCAUGAAGAACUAUUUGCAUACUAACACUGACAUAAUGCUUUAAUCCUAAGUCUUAACCCCAUAAAUGUAUGUUCAUCUAAAUGCUCUGACCUUAGGCUCAAAGUAGGAUGCUGUGUCUCCUGAGAUGUGGAUUUAAAGGUUGUUGGUCAUGCUCAUUGCCUUGUAUGAUGUAUACGUUUGUGGCCUUUCAGAUUAGAACCAGCAUGAUUCUAAGGAUUUUCAGGUUGUUUGGUUUAUUCUCACUAUAAAAUCUAUAUCUUAUCUGGUUCUUGUGCUUAUUCUUUAGUCUGAAAGUAGUUGGUGGUUCAUUUCCGAAGACAUUUUCAUUCCCAAGUGUUUGGUUGACUUAAUUUGAAGCCUCCACUACAUAGUUGCUGUAGAUUUUGUUAAAGAAAGUGUUGCAGGGGACUAGUAUCUGUGCAUUCUUAUUUAGAUUCUGCAAUGCAAAGGUAGAUUCUGUAAAUUCUGGACAUGCUUGAAAUUACAUUAGUCGAGGCUAGUAGUUUUUUACCUCGUUUUUCUUUUAUUUCUUACAAUUUAAAUCUGUUUUCCAUUUCUAAACCUCUAAACUAACAGAUUCCAUUUAAAACCUUCCACAAAUUUUCCCAUGAAGUUUUCCUUUUGCAUUUAUCCAAUUUGGUUUCACUCAAUGUGAGGUCUUGGGGAAUUUGGAAACAAUUCUAGACUGAUUUUUAUUGUAUGAAAUUACUGUCUUAAUGCUUGAACUUGCAUAUAUUUGUUGCAAGCUCAAGUCUUUUGACUUGUGGUUGCUAAGCUAUCAAGAAGUUCACAAAUAUGCAAAACCACCAAGAGUCAUAGAUGGGAUUUAAAAUGCAGUGUAUGCAUUGGGCAUUUAAAUACUUGAAGAGAGAAGAUGGUUUCAUGGGAACAAGUUGGUUGAUGAAUUUAAAGUGUAUAAAGACAUGGAUCUAUUCGCGUUCCACAAACUGUCCUAUCUAAGUUGAAUCGAUUUGGGUUUUCAAACGGAGGUAUUCUGACCAAGACAGUGUUUUGACCCCAUCUCGGCCUCAUCUUGGCACAAAAUAUGAUGUUUAUAUAAUUGUGUCUGGCCUUGGGGGUUGAAGUUUGGUAUUUUUUGUGUCAUUUGCCACAGGGAUUUGGACUCUUAGUCAUUGACAAUUUUUUGUACAGUGCAUGUGUUUUUGGCCU